AUGAAUGACUUCAUCAAGGUCCAUGGCACCCAAUUCAUGGAGUUCUCAGAAGUGGAGAACCAGGAUGACUACUAUAGCACCGAAGCUGGCUACGUCCACACCCAGGACCAGCAAGGGGUGCAUGUCAUGUAUGACGAGGCCUUGAGUGACCUGAAGGAACUAGAGGCAGAACUGCUGCUGGUGGCCAGCCAUUACAUUGAGAAAGAAAAAGGUCACAAAGAGGGCAGCAAGUCAAAUGCUGGCCAGGUCUGGGGAUGGGCCCAUGCAGGAGUGGACAGAUUUGCUGUGCUGUGUGACCUGUGGACUUGGGAGGCAGCCCUUCUAGAAAACAAGCGCCAGCUUCUCGACUGUUACUUUGAAGCCUACCAGCACACGCUGGACCCCGAGGAGAGGUUUGCCUUAGCACAAGUGAUCACUGACAUCAUGUACAGGGGCCCCAGGUUUGAUCUCAGCCACCCUUACUUCAUUAAGGCCUACCGAGAUGAAUGCACCUGCCUGAGGCUUCACCAGCAGCUACUGAGGGGCAUCCUCAACCAGCACAUAGAGCGGCAGCGGGAGUAUGUCCAGAGGCUUUGGCAAGAAGGCCGUCCCGAUGAGAGCAAUAACUUUGGACUUCCCCUUAACAUAAUUUGCAAACAACUUGUUUCCAUCAACAAUAGCUGCCCCGCAUUGAAAAACAUUUAUCUGCUGGAGUUCCACCCUUCCCUGGGCCUGGCACCGCUCAUCCCCAGAGCCCUCGAGCACCUCUUCCAGGAGGCCCGCCACAUCUGCAGGCCUGCAUCAUCCAGCGGCCUCGCCCUGCUGGAGAGGCGGCUGCUACAGCUGGCCCUGGAUGUGUGGCUCACCCCAGCCACGCCCGAGUCCUGGUACAGCGCGCAGCUCCAGAAAGAUCUGCUUUCAGCGAAGGUGAUGGGCGAUCCCUUUCUUGUGGAGGAGGUAGGCCUGCUUGCACUUAAGUCUGCAGCAGCCGGAGGACAGAACCAAGGCCGAGGUGCUCGUGUGCUGCUCCUGGAGACGUUUUCCAAACUUCUGGAACUUGUGACCCUCCGCCACCGGCUGAUAGAAAUGAGCCUGGAGAGCGCACGCUUGGUUCGUCUCUAUAAGAAAAUGGCAUGGGAGAUGGGCUUUGAAGAGUUCCAUUUGCAUCUGAGGCCUGUUCACUUUGAAUUUGCAACACACAAGGACAAGGUGGAUCAUCCACCGCCUGUCUUUAUCACCUCUCUGCUGGAGAACAGUGAUUGCGUAGACAGAUAUUCUCCUACUACUCUUGUCUUGGCCAUCUCUGAGGUGGAUGAUAACCAAGUUGGCAAAUUUAGUUUUUAUACAAAGGAAGCCAUCCUUAAGCUCUUGUUCCAUUCGGGAGUUGAAAACAUGCAAGUGACUCUUGCAUGUCAAGCUGCUCAGAAAAAUGCUUUGAUGGUGGCUGUCCAGCAUGCGUUCUUCUAUCACACUCCCCGAGAGGGCUGUCCUGCUGAUGUCCAGGUCAGCCUGUAAGAUAGGGAGCCUGAGGCAUGCUACCAUGACCCACCAGCUAACAUCAGAUUUAACCACCGCAUGUCUCACUAUGCUCUUCGGGGUCAGAUCAUGGCCUACUGCAAUAGCCUGAGGGCCCUGCUGGAAGAUUUCCCUACCGUCAGGGACACCGUUUUCCUGGUGGGGCAACCACAAGAGAAGAAGGGGUUGAGGGAUUCCAAGAAGGGCUGCAAGGAUGACCUCAGUGGCCACUCCUAUGUUGAUACUGACAAGGUGCCCAAUUUGUGA